UCGAAAAAAAUUCUCUUGCAGAGAGAACAGUACCUUCUUGACAAUUUCUCUGAGUUCCUUUAUCGACAAGAAGAUUUCAAUUCAAGUGCAAAAGCUUCAUCCGUUAAUAUCUCAGAAAAGAAUCAAUUUAUUAUCUUGAAACAGAAAUGAGGAACAAAAUGAUUCGGCGGAUGAAAAAGUUGUUUUCGUGUCCUGGGUGUAAGACUAAUUCUCCAAAUCAUCAAACAUGUGUGGACGUGCAAGAGGAAUAUGCAAAUGCAUUUCGUACCGAGUCAUAUAUUGAUUUUUGGACACGUGUAAAUGCAUAUUCCAACAAUGAGUCCUAUGCUUGUUUAUCGAGAGAGUCCACCACAUCGACUCGACUUCCCUCUUAUCGUUUGUUUGCAGAACACCUAUUGGAUCCAGAUCAACCCACGGUUAUUCGAAUUUUAUCUGAAGUCCAAUACCAGCCCAAGAUCCAUUCUCUCCUAUUAGAUUAUUUUGCCCACACUGCAAAUGCUUCUCUACUAUGCAGUCACCUAUUAAAAGACAUUGAUCGUGUACGUUUCAAGUAUACAUCAUUUAAGACCAUUCUUCAUUCUGUUCCAACCCAUCAAAAUCCUUCUUCAUUAGUAAUGAGCCAUUUAAUUGAAUUUUCCAACUCCUUAAACCCAUUUGCAACAUCUAGCCCAUCUCCAUGUCAAGUUCAGGCCACCCAAGCCCGUUGCUCCAUAUUACAAAAGCAAUUCGAGUCAAGCCGAGACACGGCCCAAGCCAAGCUCCGAUUGAUAGCUAGGUUAAAACGUGGUUCAACUUGUUUUCUCGUGAUAGUUAUAACGGCUUCGCUUGUUGUACUUGUGGCGGCUCAUGGAUUUGCACUACUGGUGGCUAUGCCAGCACUGGCUUCAAUGAAUUUGGCUUCGGAAAGAAAGUUGGCUAUGGUGGCGGCUCAACUUGACACAGCCGCCAAAGGAACUUAUAUAUUGAACAAGGACAUGGAGACAACGGUCCGGCUUGUGGCUCGACUAAAUGAUGAGCUUGAGCACAUGAGGACUAUGGUUAAGUUUUGGCUUGAGAGGAAAAAUGACAAAAUUCAACCUGAUGGUGAAGUGGCACUCCUGUUGAAAAAAAAUCAAUGUAAUUUUAGUGAUCAAUUAGAUGAAUUGGAGGAGCAUUUGUAUUUGUGUUUCAUGACUAUUAAUAGGGCUAGAUACCUUGUGCUGAACCAGAUCACUACUUCAGCUUGAUCCCAUGAUACCAUUUUAUAUCAAUGAUUAACUAAUAAGUUAUUUUA